UCUGUAAUGUACUUUGAAUUUUCAGUCACAGGCAAAGUAACCAUGGUGCUCAAUAGUUUGGAUAGGAUGAUUCAACUUCAGAGGAACACUGCCAACAUCAGGAAUAUCUGUGUUUUGGCUCAUGUUGACCACGGGAAAACUACCUUGGCUGACUGCCUUAUAUCUAGCAAUGGAAUCAUCUCCAGUCGCCUGGCAGGCAAGUUGCGGUACAUGGAUAGCAGAGAAGAUGAACAGGUCCGAGGGAUCACGAUGAAAUCCAGUGCCAUUUCACUGCAUUACAGAGAAGGUAGUGAGGAGUACCUGAUUAACCUGAUAGACUCUCCAGGACACGUGGAUUUCUCCUCGGAAGUAUCCACAGCCGUUCGCAUUUGUGAUGGGUGCAUCAUUGUGGUAGAUGCCGUGGAAGGAGUCUGUCCACAGACACAGGCAGUUCUACGGCAAGCCUGGCUUGAAAACAUCCGUCCAGUUUUAGUGAUUAAUAAGCUUGACCGCUUGAUAGUGGAGCUGAAAUUUACCCCACAGGAGGCCUAUUCUCACCUCAAGAAUAUUUUAGAACAGAUUAAUGCACUCACAGGAACACUUUUUACUUCUAAAGUCCUAGAAGAAAGAGCAGAGAGAGAGACUGAGGCCAAAAUGAAUCCCAGUUCUGAACAAGGAGAGCAGGUGUAUGAUUGGAGCACUGGCUUGGAGGACACAGACGAUUCGCACCUGUACUUCUCUCCAGAUCAGGGGAAUGUGGUGUUUACAAGUGCAAUAGAUGGGUGGGGCUUCGGAAUUGAGCACUUUGCCAAAAUCUACAGUAAAAAAAUUGGCAUCAAAAAGGAAGUUCUUUUGAAAACUCUGUGGGGAGAUUAUUAUAUAAAUAUGAAGGCUAAGAAGAUCGUGAAGGCCAAAGGAAAGAAACCUUUAUUUGUACAGUUGAUCCUGGAAAAUAUAUGGAGCUUGUAUGAUGCCGUCUUGAAAAAAGACAAAGAAAAAAUUGAUAAAAUAGUGACUUCUUUAGGAUUAAAAAUUGGAGCCCGAGAGGCACGUCAUUCAGAUCCUAAAGUUCAGAUCAAUGCCAUUUGCAGUCAGUGGCUCCCCAUAUCUCAGGCUGUUCUUGCUAUGGUGUGCCAGAAACUUCCUAGUCCCCUUGACAUUACAGCCGAGAGAGUGGAGAAGCUAAUGUGCACGGGAUCACAAGCGUUUGACUCUCUUCCUCCGGAAACGCAGGCACUGAAAGCAGCUUUUAUGAAAUGUGGAAGUGAAGACACAGCUCCAGUUAUUAUCUUUGUUUCCAAAAUGUUUGCAGUUGAUGCUAAGGCUUUACCUCAGAAUAAGCCCAGGCCUCUCUCUCAGGAAGAAAUUUCGCAGCGGCAUGAGCGCGCGAGACAAAGGCAUGCGGAGAAACUGGCCAUGGCACAGGGGCAGGCACCCGCGGAGCUCGCCCGCAAUGGGAGUGCCCCUGAAACAAGCCCCAAAGAAGAAGAGCCACAAGCAGGUGAUGAACAGCAGGCGGAGAAGAGUAUGAGCCCUAAAGCUGUGUCCCAGGAAGAAGAAAAUGACCCGGAGUCUUUCAUUGCCUUUGCUCGAGUGUUCAGUGGGGUUGCUCGAAGAGGAAAGAAGAUGUUUGUCCUGGGCCCCAAAUACAGCCCUGUUGAGUUUUUGCAGCAGGUACCCUUAGGCUUCUCAGCGCCACUUGAUGACCUCCCCCCAGUGCCCCACAUGGCGAACUGUACUCUGGAAAACUUGUAUCUCCUGAUGGGAAGAGAACUGGAAUAUCUAGAAGAGGUGCCUCCAGGAAACGUGCUAGGAAUAGGAGGCCUCCAAGACUCAGUGCUGAAAUCUGCAACACUGUGUAGUUUGCCAUCCUGUCCGCCCUUUAUACCACUCAGCUUUGAAGCCACCCCGAUUGUGAGGGUUGCUGUGGAACCGAAACACCCAAGCGAAAUGCCUCAGCUUGUCAAAGGAAUGAAGCUGUUAAACCAAGCCGAUCCCUGCGUCCAGAUUUUAAUCCAGGAAACGGGAGAGCAUGUUUUAGUCACUGCAGGGGAAGUCCACCUUCAAAGAUGCCUGGAUGACUUAAAAGAAAGGUUUGCAAAGAUUCAAAUUAGUGUAUCUGAACCCAUUAUCCCAUUCAGAGAAACGAUCACAAAGCCCCCCAAAGUUGACAUGGUCAAUGAAGAAAUAGGCAAACAACAAAAAGUUGCCGUCAUACAUCAAGCGAAAGAAGAUCAAAGCAGAAUCCCUGAAGGUGUCCAAGUUGACUCUGAUGGGCUUAUCACCAUGUCAACCCCCAAUAAACUUGCCACGCUCGGUGUGCGAGCCGUGCCCCUGCCCGAAGAGGUCACUCAGCUCCUGGAAGAAAACAGUGAUGUGAUCCGCUCGAUGGAGCAGUUGGCAUCGUCUUUGAGUGAGGACAGAAGUUCUCAGAUGAUUCACCAAAAGACCCAAGAGAAAAUUUGGGAAUUCAAAGGAAAACUAGAGCAACACCUAACAGGGAGAAAGUGGAGGAAUACUGUGGACCAAAUCUGGUCAUUUGGGCCAAGAAAAUGUGGACCCAACAUACUAGUGAACAGAAGCGAAGAUUUCCAGAACUCAGUGUGGCCAGACCCCGUCAGCAAAGCUUCAAAAGAAGCCUCUAAAUACCGAGAUUUGGGCAAUCCGAUCGUGAAUGGCUUUCAGCUAGCAACUCUCGCUGGUCCCAUGUGUGAGGAGCCUCUCAUGGGUGUCUGCUUUGUUCUGGAAAAAUGGGACUUAAGUAAAUUUGAGGAACAAGGAACAAACGAUAAGCAGAAUCAAGAGCAAAGUGAUGUGAAAGAGGGGCAGGGGGGCGCUGGAACUUGCUCUGGUGAAGGGGACCGUCAAGGGCUGCCAGGGGGCUGCUCUGAGAUGAGGCCUGUCCCGCCAGGAGAAGCUGCGCUCCCUGACUGCUACGGCCCCUUUUCUGGACAGCUGAUUGCCACCAUGAAAGAAGCGUGCCGCUACGCACUGCUUGUGAAACCUCAGCGCCUGAUGGCGGCUAUGUACACGUGCGACAUCAUGGCCACUGGCGAUGUGCUCGGUCGGGUCUAUGCUGUCUUGUCAAAGAGAGAAGGCCGCGUGCUUCAAGAAGAAAUGAAGGAAGGCACGGACAUGUUCAUCAUCAAGGCUGUGCUGCCUGUGGCCGAGAGCUUUGGCUUCGCUGAUGAAAUCAGGAAGAGGACGAGUGGCCUGGCCAGCCCGCAGCUGCUUUUCAGCCACUGGGAGAUCAUUCCCAGCGACCCCUUCUGGGUGCCGACCACCGAGGAAGAGUACCUGCAUUUUGGAGAAAAGGCUGAUUCCGAGAACCAGGCCCGGAAGUACAUGAACGCAGUGCGCAAGCGGAAAGGUCUGUAUGUGGAGGAAAAGAUUGUGGAGCACGCAGAAAAGCAGAGGACACUCAGCAAAAAUAAGUAACUGCCCUGGAGGAGCCGUGAGCACGCCCACCCGCCCAGACAUCUGUGAGACCGGCUCUGUCCGCGUGCUUCUUUCUGACCCCUGGGCAUUCCCUCCAAAUAAAGCUAAGCCUCUGCGUGCGUGAGAGAA